GGCCGGUGUAGAUGAGUUUUUUAGAGUCGCUGAUUUGUCGUGCGCAUUGCUGCCAUUGCAACCCAAAUUCCGUGACGGCAACUCAACCCUAAUUGCUGUGUCUGGGGCUGUCGAUUCAGACGAAACCAAAGAAGCGGAUAUUUGCUCAAAUCGAAAGCUUUGAUAAUUUCAAUCGGUUUCUUACUCCCAUUCAGUUAUCGGCGAGAUUGGAUUCCAGAAGCGCGAAGAGGUAAAGAGAAGGGGCAGAUAAAGGAUGGGGAAGAAAAAGAAGAGGACAUCAGAUAAGGUAUGGUGCUACUACUGCGACCGAGAGUUUGAUGAUGAGAAGAUUCUGGUGCAGCACCAGAAGGCCAAGCACUUCAAGUGUCAUGUCUGCCAGAAGAAGCUGUCUACUGCCGGCGGCAUGGCCAUCCACGUCCUCCAGGUCCACAAAGAGUCCGUCACAAAGGUGCCAAAUGCAAAAGCUGGCAGGGAAUCAACAGAUAUUGAAAUAUACGGAAUGCAAGGUAUCCCGCCAGAUGUUUUGGCUGCUCACUAUGGAGAAGAAGAGGAAGGGGCUCCUUUAAAAGCAGCCAAAGCAGAUGUUUCGGCACCGCAGUAUGUUGGAGGUGUUGUUCCAGGGGCAUUGCCUGCUGCUUAUCCUCCCCUAGGCACAGUUCGACCUCUGUAUAAUACUGGUGUUCCUAUGCCUCGUGCUGGUUGGGCUGCACCACCACGACCUCAGCUGUGGUAUCAACAGUAUCCUGCUGUCUCCGUUCCCCCACCCCCACCUAUGAGCUUGCCACAACAGCCCUUGUUUCCUGUCCAGAAUGUUAGGCUACCCGUGCCAUCAAAUGCAUCUCCUACCACCAUUCAACCUUCAUUUGCAAUCACCCCUCCAGGAAUGCAGGCAUCUACUUCUGCUUCUACAGUCUCUCAACCCUUGUUCCCUGUUGUUCUUCCAAAUGUUAAUCCUCAGAGCUCACCAUUUUCUGCACCUAAACUCCCAACAAGCUCUUCGUCUGAAGUGCAGAGUGCUGUUAACUCGAACCUUCCCAGUAGUACUCUUGCAGUAAAUGGCUAUCAGGCUGCAGGCGUUCAAGCUGCAGCACCGCUGAAUUCACAUUCUUAUGCUUCUGGACCUAACACAAGUGGGCCUUCAAUCGGACCACCUCCUGUAAUAGCUAAUAAAGCUCCUGUCUCUCAGCCAACAACAAAUGAAGUCUACCUGGUUUGGGAUGAUGAAGCUAUGUCCAUGGAAGAACGAAGGAUGUCUCUGCCAAAGUAUCAGGUGCAUGAUGUUACUAGCCAGGUAAGUACCAUUUAAUGUGGUUAUGCUAUAUGAUUUGCACUCCUGUCCGGACGGAUAGUAAUUGUAUUCCACUUAACCUCAUUCGCUUGUUUACCGUUGUUCAUGUUCAUAAAGCAAGUUUGUAAGUGAUUCCAUUCUCUUUCAUCUCUUUCCAUAUUUCAGUACACUCUGUUUGAUAAGCUUACACGGAUAGGAGUUACCGUCUGUGUAACUAACUACAAGUGUUAUGAACUCUUUACAAACUUAAUCCAUGCCGCCCUUGAGAAAUGAAUAUACCCUAAUAACAAUUACUUAUGCUUGCAUGUAAACGGAUUUAAGUGCUAUUGUUUUCCUAAUUUUUUGCCUAUGACUUAAUCUUAUUUUAACUAGACCAAACCAUAAACAUUCAUAUCAUCAUAUCAUAAUACUGCUGCUUAAUAAUAGUUGCAGCGACUUUUAUGCUAUUCAUACUCUACUUUGACCACAAUUUAUAUAUAAAUGCAUUUGAAUUUUUAUUUAUGAAAAAUCUUAGUAAAUUUGUUUCAUUGUAAAUUAAAAAAAAUAUUUUUAUAAUUCUUUUAAUAGCCAAUUAAUUAAUUAAAUAUAUUAAUAAUUAAAGUCAUGUGUUGGAAAACCUGAAAGCCAAACUGUUGCAACUAAAUAGGAACAAAGGAAGUAUCAGACAAUGAAGUUAGAGAAUAUCAGAAAGCCACUGGACCUCAUGAAAUUCACAUCAGAUCACAUUCUAUAGGACAAGAUAAUAGGUCCUAAGUUGUUACCUAGAAACUUUUAAUGAUUUCUGUAACGGUAACCUAUUCAUUCCUAAAUCUCUCCCUACAAAAUUUUUCAAUAAAAAAUGAAAUAGAAGUUAGUGUUAGUGGUAUGAUAAUCAUCAUAUUUUAGCAACCAAUCUACAUUAUUUACUAUUCAGCCCUCUUGACUGUGAGCUAUAUUACUAUCUCUUUUAAUUCUUUGACAUUCUCCAAUUGGCUAGCAAUCUCCACACUUUUAUGGCCAUCAGUGAUUCAAGUACGUACUUUCAUUAUGAUCCUUUUGCUAAUAAUUAUAUAAUGAUCUGGCAAGUAUGCCGAGGAAUCCUCAACAUUCGAACAAAGUUGAAGUUUCUCACAAGUAUGCUCUUUGUAUUUUUAUGUUAUACAAUCUGGGUGGAAGAACAUACCCUAAAGAUAUUUGUGCAUGCCUAUUCUGUUGUUAAAAUAAGGAUAAUAGUGGUCGAACAGUGGCUCAAAACUUUGGCCCAGGUCAGAUUCUUUUUGCAGAUUUGUUAUUGAAGCGGUCUGGUAUUUGACUGGUUCAUCACGCUAAUUGCUAGUUGAUUAUUAAAUCAAGUUCUAAUUUCAUGCUUUGGUUUGCCCCAUUUUUCCCCAGAUGAGCUCGAUAGAUGCAGCAAUUGACCGGAGAAUAUCAGAGAGCAGGCUGGCCGGACGAAUGGCUUUUUAAGACUCAUUAUAUUCAUUGACUCUCUUUGAAUGCAAGGUUCUUUGCGUCUCAUGGCAAGUUCGAGCUAAUGUAUCUGCUGGUCAGUGGUCACGCAUAACAACCCCAAUACAAUUUUAUAGGUGUUCCAUGGAUUGCAUCUUCUGCUCUUGCAAUGAUAUCUGGUAAAGACCAUUUAUGGGUCCUUGGACCUACUUAGCAUGUAUUACAACGGCGUGGUGUAGCCAAGGGUUAUAUUUCCUUUGAAAUUUACAUUCAAUUAUUAUACCAUCUGAAAAUUAAAGUAUGCUUGUUGUACUUCUAAAGUAAAAAAGUAAACUACUCCGUGGAUGGCUGAUUGAUUGGAUUAUUUUUUUAUUUCUCGAUUAAGAUGCUAGCUAUUGAUUAUCAAC